AUGGAGGAGCAGAAGAAGCAGUUUAUUUGUGGGGUGGUGGAAGGUUUCUAUGGGCGGCCUUGGACUAUGGAUCAGAGGAAGAUUCUCUUCCAAUGGAUGCAAAGUUGGGGGUUGAACACCUACUUGUACGGCCCCAAGGAUGACCUGAAACACAGACUGCUGUGGAGAGAAGUCUACUCUCAUGAAGAGGAGGGUCAGUUGCGUACUCUUAUCAAGGAGGCCCAGUCGAAAGGCCAGAGGUUUGUUUAUGCCCUCUCUCCGGGUCAGGACAUUGUCUUCUCAUCUUCCUGUGACCUGACGCUACUCAAACGCAAGCUGAGACAGGUGUCAGACCUGGGUUGCCAGGCAUUUGCCAUUCUGUUUGAUGACAUCGACCACUCCAUGUGUCAGGCUGACAGCGAGGCCUUCUCUUCAUUCGCCCAUGCUCAGGUCACUGUAACCAAUGACAUCUACCGGUUCUUGGGGGAACCACCCGUCUUCCUAUUCUGCCCUACAGAGUACUGUGGUUCUCUGUGUUCUCCCAGUGUAUCAAAGUCUCCCUACCUGCAGACUAUUGGAGAGGACCUGCUACCCAACAUAACAGUGAUAUGGACGGGCAGUAAGGUCAUCUCCAGGAAGCUGUCUGUCGACUGCCUGGCUGAGGUGGAGUCUGUCCUCCAGCGCCCCCCGCUCAUCUGGGACAACCUGCACGCUAAUGACUAUGACUCCAGACGUCUCUUCUUGGGGCCUUUUAAGGGCAGAGAGCCUCAGCUGAGGAGCCACCUGAGAGGCCUCUUACUCAACCCCAACUGCGAGUUUGAAGCCAACUACAUCCCUCUCCAUUCGCUGGGCAGCUGGUACAGAGCUGGAAAAGAGGAGAGGAAAGAUGAGGAGUGUGAAUACUGUCCUGAUAGAGCUCUGUCUGCUGCAUUACAUGAUUGGAUGGAGGAACUCAAUCAACCACUACAAGCAGGACGGCAGAGCACGCGACCAGAGCAGCGUUCCUCGGCUCCAACAACUCGCUGCAAAACACCUGACAGAUCUGACUGCCCUGCAGUGGCCAAGCUUCCUGUUUUCCCCCUGAACUCCAGCUCACCUCCGUCGUCACCAGUCAAGGGGGAGACGGAGGGACGAGAGGGGGAAAGGAAGAGGUCAAACCAGCCAAGUCAACCCAAUCCCCAAACUCAAGGAUCCAGGCCUGGCGCACCCUCUGUGGGAGGCAGGGGACCGAAGGCCCAGGGUUGGGGUCUCUGUGGUGGGAAGGGCCUGCUAAGCGAGUCCCAGGUGCGGCUGCUGGUUGGUCUUUAUUAUCUGCCCCAUGAGCAUGGCCCGUCUGCCCAGAAACUCCUGCAGGACCUGGCCUGGCUCAAAGCAAACUGCUACCUGGUCAGCGCUAACGGCAAGAAGACAGCGGCUCAGAAGAUCGACGAGUGGCGUGGCCGCUCCUCCAGGGUCCUGUCACUGUGUGAAGACAUAGCACAGCUCCACUGCAGCGUGGUGGGAGGGGCCAACAGGGCUGUGCUCUAUGACCUUUACCCUUAUGUGUGGGACCUGAGGAACACGGCUCUGGUGGCAAAAGCGUUCAUAUGCUGGCUGGAUGGACGAGUGUUGAGUGACAGCUCCACCAUGGGCACCUGGAGGAACUGUUUUCACUUGUGUGGGAAGACCACAGGGGCAGACCUGCUGGGAGUGGAGUCAGAACCGUGGGCGUUCAAAGGGGGCGUGUCUGGGGAGGUGCAGAUGCUUCUCCCAAUAGGCAGCAGCAAUGAACUCUUCACUCAUCCUCCUCCUCUCUUCCCUACCUCUCGUCUUUAUAACGUCAGGCCCUACCACACCAAGGACAAGUUGGAGUUGUAUCGGAUGGUGCGCCAACUCCACCUGAGGACUCAGGGUGGCCAAGAGUCCAGUGUUGCUCACCCAGAUGUUGUAGGAGACAGAUGUUUUGGGCCAUGCCUGGCGUUGUGCCCCGAGUACUGUUUCAUCCUGGAGGAUGAGCUGGGUGUGUGUGGCUGUGUGUUGGGCAUCGUGGAUGUUCGCUCGUUCGCCAAGCGGUGCCAGGCCUGCUGGAUGCCUGCUAUGAGGGACAAAUACCCACUGAAAGGGGGCAAUACACACCCUAACACACAGGACUUGAUCAAGCUGAUGGAGGAGGACCAGGGAGAGUACCCGGACUCUCUCCUAUAUCACUUCCCCUCUCAGCUGCGACUGGACGCCCUCCCGGAGCUGGUGGACGUCAGCGUCAGCCGCACCCUGCUCACCGCCCUCCUCACUGCACUCAAGGCCAACGGAUCUCAGGGUGUGUUCUGCGAGGUGCAGCCCACAGACCGUCAGAGGCUGGAGUUCUUAACCAAACUGGGCUUCCUGGAGAUCCUCAGAGGAGAAGCCAGGAGCAGAGAGGGAGUGGUGCUGGGGAGGCUGCUCUAA